UCAAUAUUGUUUCUUUGCUAAAGAACCCAGCCAUCAGCUUUGCAUCUACUGCACUAUUGUCUUACCAGUAGCUCACUUUUUAUUGGCACUCAAUUUGCCUACUUUAUUUAUGGGUUUAACCAAAGUGAUUCAGCGGUUUAAUUUAAAGCAUGAUUUUAUGAGCAACAUUCGAAAGUAAUUAUUGAGCAAGAUUGAAUUAUUCUGAUACAUGUAUGGCAUAUAGGAAUGAAUGCCAGUUAACUAUCUUGCCUAAGGUAAUACUGUUUGGUUGAAAGAAAAAUCAAUUUAUCAUAAGUCAGCGCUAGUAAGCCGGAAGCAUAAGAAUGAAUGAAGUCUCCUUUAUCAAUGACGUCACCCUAUCGUCCACGGAAAGGCUUCGGCACCUCUCGCGGUAUUUCCCCGCAGAUGGGAUUUUGAAAUCAAGGGCUGUGCCUGUGGGGUAAGUGUAAAUAAACUGACAGCUAUUCACACCAAAGUUAUCGUAAUUAUAUAAUUGUAAGAGGCCAAAUGAGCAUCAUUCCACCAUGUUUUCAUUCCACCCAAUGCUCUCAUCAUCUUGUCAGUAAUAUUUAGCGCGAACAUGGCGACCGGGGCUGAUACAGCCGCACCGUGUUGACUAGAAUCAGGGAAGAAUCAUGUUACCGUUAAAAACUAUACGAUACCCUUCAGUACGGGUUCACUUUGACAAUAGCUUAUCUGUCCGUUCUGUUAUUGUACACGUGUCACGUUCACCAGUGUUGUUAUCAGACUGAACAAUGAGCGCUGAUCCCAGAGCAGCUGCUGCAGAACCAAAACAAAGCACCGCCCAUGUCCUCCGUUGUGGUGUGCAGCUCUGCGUUAUUAAACCUAUUACACUUGACAGGCGAACAACGCUGUUAAUGCGACCUGGCGCAGCAGGAGCAUGUCGGUUCCCUUUGUUAAAUAGGAGCCUGUGCUUUUCUCAUUCAGGUGUAACUCAUGUAACAUGGCUCCGUCCUUUAUAAUAAAGGUCCAACUCGUCUUGCUGCAACAGCUGAUCUGAUACUGCCACUGGCGUACCAAUGAGAUGACCACUGGGUGUGAAAAUCAGAUGAAAGACUUUAAAGCGUGUUUCCCCCCUGUUUCAUUCAGGGUUCAUUAAACAGAGAUUUCUUACUAUGAGUGAUGAUAAACCCUUCCUAUGCACGGCUCCUGGGUGUGGCCAGAGAUUUACAAAUGAAGACCACCUGGCUGUGCAUAAACACAAACAUGAGAUGACCCUCAAGUUUGGUCCAGCAAGGAACGACAGUGUCCUUGUUGCUGACCAAACCCCAACACCCACACGCUUCCUUAAGAACUGCGAGGAAGUGGGUCUCUUCAACGAGUUGGCCAGCCCUUACGAACAUGACUUCAAGAAAGCUUCAGAUUAUGACAUUAAAAAGAUGCCGUUGGAUUUGUCACCACUGGCCACACCGAUAAUGCGAAGCAAAAUGGAGGACAACACAGGCAUGGAGGUACACAGAGUCAGUCCUCUGCCCCAUCCUGAGUCCACCACUAAUGAUGACCAGGAAUUAUCCUUGCAGUCAACACCCACUAUAGUGCAUCCGGCCUCCCUCCACGUCCCCAAUAUACUGCUAGCAACGUCAGACGCUAAUGUUGUCACACAGCAAGCGCUCCCUUCGCCAACCUCUAGCUCUGUUAUUACGCCCGUCCCCUCCAGUAAUAGGCCUGUAGUGCCUGUUCCAGCUCCGUUCCCUCUGCUCCUUCAGCUGAACCGCUCCCAGACCGGGCCCGCGGCCGUCCCAGCGCCCGUCACAAGCUCCACCUUACACACCCCCGCUACCGGCCCGACUGUCAGGCCUGUCACCAUCGUGCGUAAUGUCCCAGGGAUCCCAGGACCCCACUCGCCGCAGCUCGUCCAAUCAGAAGCCAAGCUGGUAAACAGAGACACAGAGACAGAGACACAGAGACAUCGUCCUGAUCCUCCGUUGUGUGUCGCCCCUCCUCAGGUUCUGAGGGCCCCCCUCGGCCCCCCGCCCCCGCAGGUGACCAACGGAGACGCUGCGGAGGUGCAGAGCAGCGCUGGUCCUGCUCUGGUCCAACCCCCCAGCCCGUCACCGGUACCAUCUCCGGCUCCAGCCCCGGUACCGGCCCCCGCCCCCUCCCCAUCCCCAGCCCCCCUCCUACCCCCGCCUGAGGACUCCUGCCCCCCCCAGUCUCUACAGCAGCCGGCCACCUCCACCACCGAGACCCCUGCGUCCCCCGGGGCCCCCACCCAGCGCACCCCACCCACGGGGGGCCGGAGACGCAGGGCCACCAGCGAGGACCCCGACGAGAAGCGCCGCAAGUUCCUGGAGCGCAACCGGGCGGCGGCGUCGCGCUGCCGGCAGAAGAGGAAGGUGUGGGUCCAGUCCCUGGAGAGGAAGGCGGAGGACAUGAACUCCAUCAACGGACAGCUGCAGAAUGAAGUCACCCUGCUGAGGAGUGAAGUGGCCCAGCUGAAGCAGCUUCUCCUGGCUCAUAAAGAUUGUCCCGUAACCGCCCAGCAGAAGAAAUCUGGCUAUCACAUAUCAGAGAAGGAGGAGAGCUGUGAGGACAUGUCGGUCCCCGGCAGCCCCCAGAGCGAGGCCAUCCAGCACAGCUCCGUCAGCACCUCCGACGGCCUCCGCUCCGCCCCCUCCGCCCCCUCCGCGCCCGACCGCCGCACCGAGGAGGGCCGGCCACCGGGGGUCGCUGCCCGCUCCCACCCCCAGAGCGAGGCCAUCCAGCACAGCUCUUCCGUCACACCUCCGCGGCCUCCGCUUCGCGCCCCCUCCGCCCCGACACGCCGCACCGAGGAGGGCCGGCCACCGGGGGGCGCUGCCCGCUCCCAGCCCUCAGGAAGCUGA